GAAUAGAAUACCCAGAGUUAUAGUUAGUAACACGUACUAUUUGAUAUAAAGAGAAACUUCCUCAUCGGAUCCAUUGUCGUCCGGUGGUUGUAAUCGUCCAUACACUGAGAGUUUCUUGUUGGACACCGUUACAAUGGAUGUUGAUUCUUUAAGCAAAGAGGUUAAGGAGUGGAAAACCUCAAACAACUCCCACCUGGAAUUGGUCGGUUUUGACGCUUCACUGAGGAGGCUAAAUUUUCAAGGACAGAAUACGGAUACAACAUUUUAUGUUGAAGUCGCACCAGAUGACAGUCCGGCGAAAUGGCAUGUGUGGAGUGAAAGCGAGUCGGUGCUGUUGAAGCUGCACCCAAGUAUAGAGUCAGUGACAAGUGGCAAAGUGAUGUCCCUGUCUGAUAUCCUCACCUGUUGUUCUAAAGACAUAGAGCAGCAGGAUAAGAAGGACCAAGAUGCUGAAGUAGAGGAGGAGGAAGACGAUGAAGACGAUGAUGAUGAAAAUGAUGAUUACUAUAUUGAGUCUGAGGAGUUCAUGGAUGACAUUCAGGCCACGAUCAACACUGGUAAAGAGGAAGGCAGUGAUGUGGAUAUGGACGAUGAACCAGGAUUCUUUGGCCCAAUGAACACAGCAACAAGCACUGCCAUACAGAGAUUGAGGAGAGAUUUAAAGAAUAUUCUCAAAGUUGGCCCAGAGUAUGGCAUUGUGGCAAACCCAAGGGGAGACAACUUGUUUAUGUGGGAUGUAAAGCUGACUGAUGUCCCGACCGACAGUCGCCUCGGCAAAGAUCUCCAGCAGUACUCAACCAAAUACAAGCAGGAGCCGGUUGUGACGCUGGACAUGCAGUUUUCUCAGGACUAUCCCUUCGCACCACCAUUCAUCAGAGUCAUCAGACCACGCUUCAAGUUCCUGACAGGUCAUGUGACAAUUGGAGGCAGUAUUUGCAUGGAGAUGUUGACCAAGUCGGGUUGGGUUCCGUCUAAUGACAUUGAGAGCAUCUUGGUUCAAGUGAGAGCGGAGAUCAUGUCUGAUCCAAAUGCCAGCCUGGACAGCUCCAGACCUAAUGAUGCCUACACAGAACGUGAAGCCCGCGAUGCUUUCAACAGAAUGGUCAGCAGGUAUGGCUGGAACAAAUGAAAGGGUCACAUGACCAGGACAGACUUCCUGCAAGACAGCCACCUGGACAUCACGAUCAUGUUCAUCUAAUCAGUCGCCAUGGCAACUCCCUGCAGUGACUUGCAUUGUCCAGGUGUUGUCGUACCAAAGCUCUCAUUUUUUACAUCGAUGGCUGUCUGUCCAAGCCUGUGGAAGACUUUAAACUGUGAUAUAGACAGGGAGCAUUCAUACCACUUCAUGUCUACUAGAUAUGCCAUGACUGCAUCAAAUAUAC